AUGUCGUCCCAGCUAGAAUAUCAACGUUUCGCACGUGGCGAAAACUGCACCGAACAUGGUUGUCGGGCGCGCAAAUGGUACAUUGAAGACGGCCGCAAAUUCUGUCAGAGAGGCCACGAGCAAACUGGCUUCACCCAAACACAGCAAGAUGACGAGGAAUUUGACCUUAAGCAAGGCAAGACAACGCGCGUAAAGGGCGAUGGAAAAGAGCGGGCACCGAAAGUAGUCACGGGGAAACAAGCAGUGGAGUUGUAUCUGCAGUGCUAUCAAUUGAUUCUAUGGAAGCAGUGCUUCUGGUUGGUCAAUGUAAAAGGGUUUCCCAAGGAUCUGGAGACCGUGGUCAGGGACUUAUGGGGGCUGAGGCUGAGGCUUUUGCAUGGGGAAAAGGAGGAUGGUGGGUAUAGGUCGGGCACGACUGGCUUCAGUUCUACGAGCGAGGGGGAGAAUACUGAGUCCGACGGGAUCAGCUUGACGUCAAGAAGAAGCAGAAGAAGCGACAGAGCGAAGGAUCGGCUUCCAAAGUUGAUCGAGACUCUGGCGUUGUGCUAUCUAGGCAUUUUACUGUUGAGGCUCCCAACGAGCUUGGGUGAAGUGUACAAAUGGGCUGCGGAGGAGGAGAUAAUUUUCACGAGAGCUAUCAAGGAAGUGCCAACGGAGAUGCUGGCUCGCCUGCCAGCUCAUUAUCAUGCCGCAUUGCAAAUCCGAGCACCAUUAAAAGGGACAACUCUCCAUAGUACCGUCUUGGACCUGGUCCAGUUCUACCAUGCUCAAUUUGAGAUGGUCUUUCCUCCCUUGAAUUCUCCGUUGUUGAUAUUUAAGCACGUGAGAGACCUUGGGCUGCCUGUGGAGAUCUAUCCAGCAGUUCGUCGUCUCGCUGCAAUUCUUGGAAUAGAUUUCACGUAUCCGAUACCGCAAAAGAGGCCCGGGUACAUCACAUAUCCUGAGAUCCAACUCAUGAGUCUGAUCGUGGUUGCGACUAAACUCAGUCACCCAUUUGAUGAUAUAGUGCGCUAUCCAGAGGAUGAUAGCGACCCUACUAUCGUGAAGAUAGACUGGAGCAAGUGGCAGGAUAUUAUGAUUGAGAAGUCUCCAGCAGGGCUGAAACGGGGAGAGGAGAUUAAGGUCACGGAUGAAGAUGUCUUAACAAUGAGUGGGAAGAAGCUGGACGACUAUCUCGAUUGGUAUCAACGCACUUGGAUCGAUAGCAGAGCUCCAAAAAUGUCCGCGGAAAUAUUGGAGUUCUUCCCACUCCAAGAUUUACCACCUCGGCGAGCUGAGGAGUCUGACCAGGAGCAACGAGAGAACCGUUUGAAGCAGGUACAACAAGGUUUAAUCUUACAAAAACCGAAGCCAGUUCAGAAUGAAGAGGAGCAACCGGAAACCGUGAACCGGCCAGGGGAACUGUACAGGCGUUAUCGAACUACUGCAGAACUUCCAGACAAUGCGAGGGUCUUCUAUGAGCUGGCUGCUGCAAACGUGGGGACUUCCCUUCAUAAGCUCGUAAGAGAGGUUUUUCAAACGGAGGUGCUGUUGGAGGGGUGGGCCUUGUCAGAGAGAAGGAAGCGACUGGCAGAGGAGGGAGGGCUGUCUUCACAUGGGUAA